AUGCAGCGCGUCGCCGUCCUCAACGUCGUCGGCCUGAGCCGCUCGCUCAUCAGCCCGACGCACACCCCGUUCCUGGACAGCUAUCUCUCGCUUGCCGCGGACAUCCCGAUCGCCCCGCAGCUCCCGGCCGUCACCACGUCGACCCAGACGACCUACCUCACGGGCGUGCCGCCGUCGAAGCACGGCAUCGUGGGCAACGGCUGGUUCUCUCGCGAGGACAACGAGAUCAAGUUCUGGAAGCAGAGCAACGCCCUGAUCGCCGCUCCGAACGUCUGGGAAGAGGCCCGCCGUCGCGACCCCACCUCCACCUUCACCGUGGCCAACUCCUUCUGGUGGUACAACAUGUACUCGUCGGCCGACUACUCGUGCACGCCACGCCCGAUGUACCCUGCGGACGGCCGCAAGCUCACGGACGUGUACACGCAGCCGCCGCAUUUGCGCGACGAGCUGCAGGCGAAGCUGGGCCAGUUCCCGCUGUUCAACUUCUGGGGGCCCAAAGCCGACAUCAUCGGCUCCACCUGGAUCGCGGAGAGCGCCAAGUUCGUCGAGGCGAAGCACGAGCCCACGCUGCAUCUGGUCUACCUGCCGCACCUGGACUACGCGCUGCAGAAGGUGGGGCCCGCGCCGCACGCGGUGACCGCGGAGCUGCUGGAGAUCGACGCGCUGCUGGCCGACCUGGUGCCGUGGCUGGAGGCGCGCGGCAUCGACGUCGUGCUGCUGUCCGAGUACGGCAUGGCGGAGGUGGACACGCCGGUGCACAUCAACCGCGCGCUGCGCGCGGCCGGGCUGAUCACGGUGCGUGAGGAGCUGGGGCGCGAGCUGCUGGACGCGGGCGCGUGCCGCGCGUUCGCGGUCGCGGACCACCAGGUGGCGCACGUGUACGUCAAGGAGGCGGCCGAUCGCGGGGACGUGCGCGCGGUGCUGGAGGGGCUGGACGGCGUGGAGAUGGUGCUAGACGAGGACGGGAAGCGGGAGCACGGGAUCGACCAUGCGCGCGCGGGGGACUUUGUGUGCGUGGCGAGGCCGGACGCGUGGUUCACUUACUACUACUGGACGGACGACGAGCGCGCGCCGGACUUUGCGAGGUGCGUGGACAUUCAUCGCAAGCCCGGGUACGACCCUGUGGAGCUGUUUGUCGAUCCGGAGAUCGCGUUCCCGAUGGCGAAGGCCGCGUGGAGGAUCGCGCAGAAGGAGAUGGGCUUCCGCUACCUCAUGGACUUGAUCCCGCUCGACGCCACGCUGGUGCGCGGGAGCCACGGACAUCUCAACGCCGACCCCACUGAGGGUGCGGUGUUGAUCACCAAGCGACGGGAGCUGCUGGAGGGGCGGGCGCAGCUGGCUGCCACGGACAUUUUCGACCUUAUCCUAAAGCACUUGAAUUUAUAA